AUGGUGACUGUAAGUACACACUUGCUCAACUCAUCGUCUCUCCCGGUGUCAGGUUUUUUGACCUCAAAGCCAGCGCGUGCAAACUUCCUCAAGUUCGGUUUGCUGUACCGUAUGCGGUUCUUGAUCAAGUCCCACAUCCCCGCUAGGACAACAUCGGAAAUCCGUUACGCAUGCCUCUUUUGUAUUCGUUCCGGCCACACGGUCCACGAGGGCGAUGCGACUGUCUUCCCGAGUGCCGACCAGCUUCUCAAGCACCUGGCACGUCACCCCCAGCCUCUUCCCGCCGUGCCCGGCGUGACGGUGCUGUACGGCCAGGUCGACAAGGACCACCACCAGAUCGAGGACUACGAUAUCCACUUUCCGUCUCCGCCGGCACCGAGCCCAUUCCCCAAAAUCGACACCUUUGCCCAGUUCCCCGUCGCCACGGCCUCGAAAAGCCACGUCCAGCGAUGGGGCGAGACCCUGGCCCGCCCGGACGACAGCACGGACGUGUUGAAGUUCUUCGUCGGGGCCAAGAUCGUCGGCGUCGAGUUCCCUGAGAAAUGGGGCGGCAAGUGGUGCGUCGGCUGGCAUGACGGCGUGCGAGGCGCGUUCCCGGCGAAACACGUCGAGAUCGAGGGCCCGAAACAGAACGAGAUCUCAUUCCAGGCCACCAGUGCGGUCUCGUUGACGACGAGGUGGAAAUGGGACCCCCCGGACAGUUCCAGGACAGGAUGGCUCACUUUCAAUAAGGGAGAGACGAUCAAGAAUGUCGGCUGGCUGUAUCAAGAUCAUUGGUGCUGGUCGGGGACCAAUAGUAAGGGGAAGUUCGGCAUCUUUCCGCAGUCUCACGUCAACCCCAAUUCUCUGAAGGAGGGCGCCAUAUCAUCGGCCACGAAGCGGCCACAAACCAGUGGCCCAAUGAGACUGUUUAGUAGGAGAAGACCGAGUAGUACAGCAUCUUCUAUGAGCGGGGAUACGUAA